GUGGAGGUGUAAGCUGGCUGUGCUGUGUCAGAAUGUAGGUCUUAGCGGGCUGUGUUUGUUCAUCACAAAUCCCCCACAGAGCCAGCCAUAGCCCAAGGCCCGAACCCUAGUGGGCCCGUGCCGUGCUGGGCCAAGCUACAGGGGUUGGGGCCGGGCCUUUGACUGUCCGCUUUCUACGGUAAACGGGCCGUGCCGGCCGGCGGCCCUGACCCACUUAGGUUGAAACUUGGAAGUUAGGAAGGGUUCCGCUGCCCCCACUCUCUCAGUCUCUCUGAGUCUCCCUCCUCGGCUCCCUCUCUCUCUCUCUCUCUCUCUCGCUAGGAAGAAAACCCUGUACUGUUAAUCGGUAAAAAGAACAGUUAGGUAUCAGGCAGCUGCGACAAUCAUGUUCAUAUCUAAAGUCUCACAGCUUGGAUGGAUAGUUAAGGAGCUCAGAAGAGGUCAAUACACAUCUGUAACUAGAACAGCGUAUUUGCAAGGACCAUGCAGUCGUCAUAUGCAGCCUCUGAAGUAUUGUAGUUCUACAACAGCUGCUGAUCACACUCAUGAAGAAAAGAAUGAGCACAAGGAGAAGAUAUCUGUGACAUUUGUAGACAAAGAUGGAGAGGAGAAGCAUAUCAAAGUUCCCAUUGGAAUGUCUAUGUUAGAAGCUGCCCAUGAGAAUGACAUAGAACUUGAAGGAGCAUGUGAAGGUUCACUUGCUUGUUCCACGUGCCAUGUGAUUGUGAUGGAUGUGGAGUAUUACAACAAAUUAGAAGAUCCCAUGGAUGAGGAGAAUGACAUGCUGGAUCUCGCUUUUGGUCUUACAGAAACGUCUCGUCUAGGCUGUCAAGUUAUUGCAAAGCCUGAACUUGAUGGGAUUCGCUUAGCACUGCCAGCUGCCACUCGAAAUUUUGCAGUUGAUGGCUAUGUGCCAAAACCACACUAGACAGUUCUUAUGAAAAGUGGUGGAUAAUUUUCCAUGUUGUAAGUCAUUCAGUUAUCUCAGUUUUGUAGUUCUUCAUUUUAUUAAGGUUCAUGCCUAUAUCUGGUCAUUAUUUAUAUGAUGCUCGGUUGUUGUUAUAUUGUUGAAUCAUUUAUAGUUUCCUAAUAAAAUUGGUUAACUACAA